AUGGGUGACAACUACGAACCAAUUGGUGCAUUACAAAAUGCUACCUCUCCUAUGCCAGGAAAUGCACGAGCACCAGCACCAACACCAGCUCUUUUACAUUCACCAGCACCAUCACUACCAGUACCACUACCUGUACCACCAUCACAACCACCAGCACAAGCGGUAGCUCCACCGCCACCACCACCACCGCCACUGCCGGCACAACAGUCAAUAGCACCUUCUACAGAUCUAGAUGCCGAAUUGUUAAGGAGUUCCACCGAUAUGAGUAUUAAAAAAUUUGAUCCGGAGAGAGGCGAGAUGAGAGAUUCAAAACGGAAAGCACUGAUGGUUGUAAUCUAUGUGGCUGCAAUGGUACUUGCGAUCCUUGUCUUUAAUAUCGGUGUUGCUAUCGGCUAUUACACUUUGUAA